AUGCCGAAAAUUGUUCCUACUGUUGAAGACAAUAAUGAUGGUAUGAAUGAUCCAUCGGAGAAAACACAAUGUAAUAAUUUAAACAAGAGCCAAGUCAUUGGUGAUGGGUUUGAGGGAGAUCGAGAUUUAGAAUCACAACACUCAACUUGUGAUUACUUACAUCGAAAAACUGGAGUGAGAAUUUCAGAAAUAAUUUGUCUUGUUGGAUGGAUUGUUUGUGGAGCAGUUUGUAUUUAUUAUAUUUAUAUCGAAGCGAUAGGGUAUCAGGAUGCUGUCAGUAAUCCCAGCACAUCAGUUUCUUUCAUCGAACAAGUACCUCUUCAUUUUCCUGCAGUGACAAUUUGUAAUUGGAAUGCAGCUUAUUAUUGUGAUUAUUGCACUUUAACGUUACGGGCUUGUACAAUGGUCAAUGCAACGGAUGGAACGAUAAUUGAUUGCCCUUUCAAUAUGACCAUGACAACUAUUGAGCAAAGUGGACAAUUCUUUACAUGCUACGUUUUCAAUAACAAUACGGAAAGUCCUGUGAGUGUGAGUACAACUGGGUACGGAGGAUCGAUGAGUUUGUACUUUGAUGUUCCUCAUGCACCACAAGAUAGAGAUUCUCGUUUCGGAUUGCAAGCUUCUUUUCAUGAAAUCGGAACUGUUCCUCCAGUUUUUGCUGAAACAAAUUUUGCUGUUCCCUUUGUAGACAAUUUCUUUUCAUUGACAAAAAUUAUUACAAACCGUUUGAAGGAAACGAAAGAAGCUCCCAAGAAUUCUGUGUACUGGAGUUCUCGAGCCUCUAAUGUUCAAUUAACACAAAAUAGCUCAACCUCUGUCGUUGUGUCUUUUGCCUAUACGACAUUAAAUAUCAAGGAAAUUACUGAAAUAGUUUCCAAGACGCCACUUCAGCUCUUUGGAGAAAUUGCCGGCAUGCUUGGCACUUUAAUGGGCAUUGAUAUUUUAAAGGCAGUGAGAGCUGUUCUCCUAAUUCCUACCGCUGCAAUGGAAAAGACUUUCCGUCCAAUUUGGGAUGAAUUUAAUGGAUAA